GUUUUGAGCCAUCUUUUAAUUUAAGAUCAAUACCUUUCUUUAGUCCUAGGUAUUUUAUUUUGAUCAAUUAAGUUUUUAAUUUACAAAUAACGGCCAUGAUUGGAGAAAUUAAUAAAUGUGCACCGGUUUUAUGUUUCUGACUAAUUUUGAAUUGUUAUUUUGAGUCGACAAACUACAUAAAACUGUUUCUCAGUCCUUUCACUUUCGAAUUCUUUGUCACGUACAAGGAAAUUAUCAUUGACGCUUUGUCAAUCAGCUUCGUCGUUUUGGAAAACAUAAAACCCCAAACUACAGAAUAUAAUCAGAAUUAGUUUUUCCACUUUAACACACGAUGGCUCUUUUCGACGUAAGUGGUUUUAAGUCUUAUUCUGAACUCCGUGAGCAGAUUCUUCCAGCAGGACAGACGCAUCUCGUUGACCGAACCAACCACUACAAUUUCGGGACCAAAAUUCAAGAAUUUGCUCUUCCUCUGGGUGUAGACCCUUCAGGGUUUCUCAAGUCCUGCAACCAUGACGGAGGUGUGUGUAUAGAGCUGAACCAUGGUACGACCACCCUGGCCUUCAAGUUCAGACAUGGAGUCAUUGUGGCUGUGGACUCUAGAGCCUCAGCUGGACGAUACUUGGCAUCCAACGAUGUCAACAAGGUCAUAGAGAUCAACCCCUACCUGCUGGGCACCAUGUCGGGCAGCGCUGCAGACUGCCAGUACUGGGAGAGACUCUUGGCCAAAGAGUGCAGGCUGUACAGGCUGAGGAACAACCACAGGAUCUCUGUAGCUGCUGCAUCCAAGCUGCUCUCCAACAUGAUGCAGGGUUACAGAGGGAUGGGCCUCUCUAUGGGAAGCAUGAUCUGUGGAUGGGACAAAGAGGGCCCAGGUCUGUACUAUGUAGAUGAUAAUGGGACGCGUCUGUCUGGCCGUAUGUUCUCCACCGGCUGUGGUAACAGUUACGCCUACGGUGUGGUGGACAGCGGUUACCGGGAAGACAUGACGGUAGAGGAGGCGUAUGAACUGGGCCGUCGGGGCAUCGCUCAUGCUACACACAGGGAUGCUUAUUCUGGAGGAGUGGUCAACAUGUACAAUGCAGAGGAUGGUGGAUACAGGUGGUGUAAGGAAGACGUAUCAGAGUUGAUCCACCGCUACAGGAAGGAAUGUUCUAAGUUUUCAAACACAGAUAACCCUCAGUUCUCUGAAUACAGUCCAAGUGAUGUGUUGAAAGUGGAAAUGAAAUGUGUAAGGAAGUGUGGGGGGGGUCCAAUUCUGAUUUUAGAUCAAUGAGUCAUGUCAUUAGAAUGCUACGUAGAACCAUUUCCUUUUCUUACAUAUGAACCUAAACUUUGCAGGAU